AGUUUUGUGUUGGCUGAAACAGGGAACGGUCUGUUUAGCCUCGUUACCAUGGUGAUAUGCUUCGCCUCAGUCGCUUUGCCCAGUUUGGUGAUAGAUGCUAGUUCGCUGUUAGCCAUCAAAAAUACGUUAAUGGAUAUAAAGUGACAUUAUGGCUGCAGAAAUGGAAUUGCCGGCCGCGUAUUAUGGGAAAAUUGACCAAAGAAACCCAGUUGUACUGGCCUUUGACCGAGACAUUAAUUCGUUUACUGCAGUGAUGAGACGAGCCGUUUCUUCGAACGGCCCAGAUAACGUCUCUCAAGCUAAAGGGAUCAAAAUCCUGGUGGAGAUCUCGAAAAAGUACAAACAUCGUCUGCCUAUGAGCUUCUACCAGAAACGCAUGUUGAAUGUUGCAGAUUUUCUCUUUGGGAUAAAGUCCUAUCAGCUGGCUCUGUGGCAUGGCUACAGUCUCCACUUGCUGCAGUUCAGCUCAGUGAAAAUAACUGAAAUCACAGAUGUGGACCACUUCAUGGCCUGCUUCUUCCCUGAAGGUUUUGAUACAGACCAAGAUAUAUUUGCUAUGAAGAUCCAUGCAAUGCAGGGUUGUGCCCUGUGUAUAUUUGAGCAGGAAAAAAAGCACAGUAUACUCAGCCAGAAGGGACUCUGCAAGCUGCUUUGUGUGCUAAAUUUCUACAGGAUCAUGAUGCAGGCUUUUCAAGAUCAUGAACACCUCUGCUUGCAAAUAUAUAAUGGAUCGAUACACAUUUACAGCAUCUGUCGUUACCUAAUAACCAUGAACCGUAGUGCACAGGCACUGGAGUAUCUCCUGUGGGCAUGCAUUAGUGUAGAGCUCUCUAUCCCUCUAAUGACUUCUAAGAAUCUGUCCUGGAUGGUUAUGCUCUACUGUGCUGUCUGCCGCUGUUACUAUGACAUCAAGGCAGAGGUGCAGGCAGAGGAAUUUGCCAGGAGAGCCCUUGAAAAGAUUGAUGGACUAGCAAAGAUGGAGGAGCAGAAUGAAGUUCCUGCCACUAGAGAGACCCAGAGAGCUUACAGAGAAGCCUCAAUCAAGUUGGCAGCCAUGCUUUUCAAACGAGGAGUGUUUGAGGGCAGAAAGAGACCCAAAUCCACGCUCAGAUUCAAACCCAAAAGCACCCUGAAGGACAUACCUAAAGCUCCAUGGCCUCGUAAUGCAACAGAGCAAGCGCUGAUGGGCCUGUUUGACUGUAGCACAGCUCAGUUUCUGGGGAUCUUGGAAGCACUUUGGGACAGCAGCAAACGCCCUCUGGAUGCAAGGAUGCCAAAUGAACUCGAGCUACAUGAUGUGAUUAUUGAACUCCUGUCAGCUGGCAUCAGUAUUAUAACUGAGAACUCAAGCUUGAGAGAUUCUCUUGCACUGAGCCCAACAUCCACUCUAAUAGAACUCGCUAUUACAGGAGAAAACAAAGUACCUGUCAUGUCUGCGGUGAGGUUCAUUAAGCUCUUGUUUCAGUACAAGCAGUCAGAUACAUUUGCUGAACUUUGCAGAGAGAUGCUACAAGUUUUGUCUAGUGUGGAAGGUCAGCCAUACAGGAAAGCGGAGGUGGAGCUCACUCUGCUUUAUAAUUUCAAUAGUCUACUCUCCUCUCAGAAGAGCCAUCCUAGAGGAGAUACCAUGAUUGAUGCAGACAAACACAAGCCUCAUCUUCAAAUGAGUGAUGAAUUCACUGACCUGGUGGACACUCUUCACAAGUCUAUUUGUGAAUCUCCUCUUGAGGCCCAGCCUGAUGGAGACCUGGUUUUGGAUACUGUGGUAUUUCUGUGGGAUAAAUUAAAGGCUGUUUUUCAAAAGGAAGAGCUGCAAAAUCUCACUCACCUUAAGACGAUCGCUAACUAUGAAAAGUGGCUGAGGUGUCUGUCCUAUCUGUCUGAUGUGGCAUUUUUUUGUAACCUGGCAACUGUGGACUGCGUAAUGAUGGCAGAGAUAGUUCACACAUUGGCCUUACAGCUUGAGGGUGCAGCUGAGCACAGUGAUCACAAACAACACGCUGCUAUUUGUGAAUCACACAGUGAUGGCGUAAAGCUGAGUUCUUUCUCUCUUCUAGAGCAUGGCUCAAGCACAGAGCUGCUCAAAAGAGUGUGCAGUGUGGUGGAGAGGGGUCUUGAAUCUUUGGCGAAAGGUGUAGUUACAAUGCUGCCCCCUGAUUGCUCCGCAAUCACAGACUUUGCUUUCAUGCAGAAAUUCAGUCCCCAUCCACCACCAUCUUCCUCCCUAACUUCUCUGACAUCAACAGAAGAGGUAGCUAAAGAGGAUGAGAAUAAAAGGAAGAAGGAAGAAGCAGAAAUUAGGACAGAGUCAGAUAUUGAAGUCUGUCAACACACUCAGUCCAUACAUGUGUACCUGCUGAUGAAGGACUUUCAUCAUGAGCUAAACAUCAUCCACCACAGGGCUUCCCUCAAGUUACUGCAGCAAAAUGCAGUUGUUGAGUCUAAUCUCUUGAGUUGGAUUAAGAAGAACAAGGGAGCCAAAGCUCUCUUUCUGAUCCAGAAAGCCUUGGUGCUGCACAACAACAAGGAGUCAAAUAAAAACAGCAACACAAAGACUCUGCUAGAGGAAGCCUCCACCUUGAUAGAGAGAGCAGAGUUGGAGGAGAAAAAGCUGUACUUCUCCACCAUCCUGAAGACUCUGUCUGAAACUAAAGAAUCAGGGAUGAAGGAGGAGGAAGAAAGCCCUCCACCUCCUCCAAUCCUACUCUCACGCACAGACUGCUCCUUUACCUUUGCUCCAGCACCCUAUAGAUUAGAGGGACAAGUGUCCUGGUACCAGCUCUGUGGCCGUGAAGCUGACAGCAUUAACCUGAAAGUCCGGCUUGGAGACUGCAGCCUGCCAGGAACAGGAAUUAUGGUACCUGUGUUAUCCAGUAAAUGUGUGCUGAGAGUGGAGGGGCUAGAGCCCAACCAGAAGUAUGUGUUUGCUGUUGCAGCUUACAACGCCCAGGGCAAGCUACUGGGCAGCACCAUUGGAGCAACAACAUUCCCACUACUGGCAUCAAUGCCAAUACCACUGCUUUCCACAUGGGCUUACUUGGCACAGGUGGCUUUUCAAACAGAGCAGUGUGCCAUAGCAAAGAAAGCCUGCAAGGAAUUAUGGAGCCAUUUUACCUACCCUAAGUCCGGGUCCCAAGGUGCACAGGACAGACUUGCCACUACAGGGCUGUGUGUCCAGACCCUGCAGUGCUCCUCCUCUCACCUAGUUAGGCUAUUCCUAAAGUCCAUCUUCACUGAGACAGAGAUCAACAUUCAGCAGGGGUCACUCUACUGGGAAUCAAUCAGUCACAAUGGACCGUUUAUCUGGGAAAAGGAAGCCAGACUGGCAGAAUGUGAGCGAAUGCUGGUGGCCAUAGACCUUGCCUUGUGGUUGAAUGACGGUGAUGCUGCUGUGCAAGCUGUAGUUGGCUGUUAUGGCCUCUUGGCACCUCUAAUCUUUCAUCAGGUCAUAUGUGACAAAGUGGUAGAGGUGCUGAAAAAAUGCAUGAUUGUUUUGGAGAAUUCAAGUGUUCUACAACAAAAUGCGACUGGAAACACCAACGAGUCAAUCAUGCAUAUGAUAGCAUGCAUUACCUACUACCUGUCAAAGGCUUACCGUGUGCUCCAGAAGUCUGAGAUGGCUACUGUGAUGAUAGAUUGUGGUCGCAAGCUGCUUCAAGAAGGCUUUGAUUCCCAGGUGCAGAAUGCCAGAUUGGCAUUGGGUGUGAGGAAGUCUAAAACAGACAGGUGUGCAAUCACUGGCAAGAGGAUAAGUCUUCAGCUGAAGGCGCUGCAUCUAAAGAACAAGGAACGCAUCACACCUGAGGCAGUUCCUAUUGCAGACAAUAAUAUUUUGCACCCCAUGAGUUACCAUGAGGAUCCUACCAUGCUGUAUGAUCUAGUCUCCAACAGUCCAUUACGGGAUGCCCAUCAAGAAUUGUCAAAGCUGAGACGCAAGGCAUAUUUCACUGAGUUUGCAGCACUACUUCUCCAGAGAGCUAUGGAGGAAAGCAACCCAGACCUUGUGAUAAAGUGGGGUCAAAGUAUUUUUGAGUAUUUGUCCAGGCGGGAUGAGGUGAUGGGGCUGUCCAGGAAAUGCACUGAUGGCAGCAGUCAAAGUAACAGAAGAAGCAGUGGUCAGGCUGCAAAAGGAAAUGAGUCACCACAGAACAAGAAUUCAACUUCUCACAGUGACUCAAAAAAGAAAUUAAAACAGAAAAUUCCAUGCAGUAUGCUGCGGAAAGUCAAAACUAACAGGGAGAUGCAGGCUGUGGAGAACCUUCUGACCAUGAUGUCGUCUGUAGUAAAACACAGCAAGAAGCGGCUUCAGCUAAGGAACAUGUGCUGUGAGGAGAGAGUGUGGAGGGCUCACCUUAACUACAGCAUAGCUCAAGCCCAUUUAGCACUGUUUUACCAGAGUCUGGAUGAGCUGCAUGGAGAAGCACUGCAGUGCAGGUACAGCCAGUUAAAUCCCUUGUGUUUCUCUCUGGCCUACUCUGGUGUCCUGAUGCUGAAGAACGCACAUCAGCAGUUGCCUAAACAUGAGUAUCCUUCAGAGAAAGACAACUGUCAUUCUGGUCUUAGGGACUACGUUGCUGCACACAAAGACAAAAGCAAAGAGAGAACAGAGGACUCUGUCACAGAGGAGAGCUGUGAGGAGGUAGAGGACCCAUCACUUGCUGCAGAACAGCAGACUGACAUCAGUAAACUCGCUGCCACCUUUCUAUUGGACUCACUAAACAAAGCUGCCUUGCAUCUGCGAAGGUCCAUGGUAUUAGCCCACCGUGGCAGCCACUGGACCUACUUGCAGUAUGUAUGUCAGACUGUUUGGGACCAAAGCUGCAGAAUCACUGACUUGAUACAGAGAGCUGCACAGCUAGAACCUCUCUCUCCUAUCACAGCAGACCAACUGAAUACAGCCUUCACCCCACUACUUGUGCUGGCAACUGAUCUCAUCAUUGACAUGCUGACUAGACUUGGGCUGUGGAAUUUGUAUGACAGUGAACUGACUGAUGACGAACUCGACGAAGAGUCAAGCCUACACUUCUCUCCAUCUCUGGAUGACAGUACUCAAGUCGACCUGCGGUGGGUUCGCACCUUGGUGUUACACACUCUGGAGCGUCUUCAUGAAAAUGGAAAAUGGGAAAGCCUAGCCCACUUCGCCUUAGUUUACAACUCCCUCACAAGGGAACGUUAUGCCUUGGUUAUAACUCCUUUACUAGUCCAUGCACAGAGGAGGCUGCAUGAAAGGAUUAGUUCUUUCGGAGGACCUCCAGUCCCACAACCACACCAUGUCAAGACAAAGAAGGCCGCUGGCAAGGAGGUAACGUAUAGAAGCUAUGCCACCUGCCAGCUGCUCAGUGGGUGGACCCCUCAUCCUUCACAGCACCCGGCCCUUCACAAAAAAGCAGCACAGACAAACCUCACUUUUCAAAACUUGGUUGACCUCAAAGGUGCAGAGAUGAAGCAUGCCAUGUCCCUCGUGUGUGUUCCCCUGGAUGUAGAGGACACACUGACCUGUUACCGUGAAGCUCUUGAGAAAAGGCCAUAUUGUCUUCAGGUCUUUCAGCACAGUCGUUCAUUGGGGUUUCAGCUUCUGGGCUACACUCAGCCCUGUGAGUUUGGCUUCUCCAUGCAGUCAAGACACUGUCAGAGCUCCAAUCAGAGCCAUUCGGCAAGUCUGGCCAAUUUCAGUCCAGUUGUUAUCCCCACUCCAAACAUCCAGCCUUGUGACCUAUUAGAGGAAGACUAUAGUUCUUCAGAUGCUCUCUACAGGCUUCCCAUCAGCCCUGACCACAUCCUGACUGUCACAGCUGCAUACUCCAGCUCCAUUAAGUAUCUCCAGGCCAAUGGUCAUGACUCCCUCAGAGUCCUGGCACUACAUGAAAUGGGAAACCUACAGUUCUACAAUGGAAACACACGAGCAGCAUACUCAUUUUGGAGUAAAGCUGUAGACUGUGCCUUACAGAACUUGGACACUGUAGAGAAAUGGGAUGGUGUAUCCUUUGGUGCUGACUCCCUGCAGCAAACCCUGAAACAGGCUGGCGUUUGGGCAUGUCUUCAGGCUGCUGUUCUUGUUGCAAAGAUUGCACAGUAUAUCUUGACUUCUGAUAUCAGUCAGCGGACCAAAUGCUGUCUUCUGUCUGUCCAUCUCUUUAAGUGUGUGCUACUUUGUUCCCUGGCCCAACCUCAGGCCGACCUCCAGUACGCCAAUCACGAUAUCGGAGAUGAACUGCUUCCUGGAGUCGACCUUUUCUCAGAGCUCCAUAGGCUUCACCUCGGCACCACCGUAGCAAGCCUAAACUUUGUUUGCUUUUGGCUUUUCACCACAGGCUACAACAUCAUGCUACUUCCAAUGCUAGCUCUUUACCAACAUUUUGUGGGGACAGUGUGCAGAGAUGUCCAGCGCACAGUUGAGGCAAAAAUAUUAAAGAUACAUGCCCUUACAGAACUUUGCCUGUUCACUGAGGCUGUGAAGGAAUCAGUUCAACUUACUCAAGGGAUAGGAAUCCUCCUGCCGCAUGGACACUACAUUGCCAAAGACAAUCUCCAACCCAUAAAGAGGUUCUACAGCAACAAGUCUCUGUUGGACAAUGCUGAGGCUUUGGAAGAACUACUUAACUCUGAGUUAGCUCCAGAGGUCUGCAAAGAGUAUGGAUCCACACUGUGCCUUCGUUCUAACUUGGCUCGUGUUGAACUUAUCCUGGCCCUUAGUAAUACUGCACAUGACCCUCCUGUAACAGAGUCUAUCAAAGGAAAAGCAUGUGAAAACUCGAGUUCAGAAAAACCAAAGCAUCCUGAAGAGGUCAAACACGACGACGAUGGCUCUUUUUUACAGACAAAAGAGGACAGACAAAGGAUGAAGUUCAUCUUGCUAGAGGGAGCACUGUCCAUGUUACACACUGUUGAGCAGCAGCUGCCAUCCCAGUGCUGUAGUAAGACAGAGAAAUUGGAACUGGAAAUAGAGAUCAAUUUUCUAAAGGCAAAUCUUUACCUGCAGCAAGGAAAUGCUGCACUGAGUAGCACUGAGAUGAGUGUUUCUUCCUUGAUGCUGCUGCAGACAUCCCCUGUAAUCACAAGUAAAUCUAAACCUGGCUGUCAAUUAACAAGCUCUGAGCACCAAAGUUCCAAGACUGGAAGUAAACAGGGUAACCAAGAUUGUGGAGAGUCAGUCUCCCUGGAUUCAGAUUGCCCAAGAGCUGUUGAAGCCAGUGAAAGAAUUGGUGUUCCACUCUGGCUGCGCUGCCGCCUGGCUCUGAUUUGCAGUCUGACAGCACACAACCAUGAUACAAGGUCUCUUUUCCCAGAUAAGAACCUUAAUGAGGAGAUAGCUCAGAUGUUACUGGAGGGUCUUGAUGAAUGUGCACGAUGGGGAGACCUUGAUACCCAAGCACUCUUUAUGGUAAAGGGUGCUGAAUUGGAGGCACAGAGGGGCAAAACUGAUGAAAGCAUGGAAUUGCUGCAGGAAGCUGUAAGUCUGCUCUCAGGGCAGACGUGUUUACCACCCAGAUCCAGUGUAACUCUUGCCCGAGCCACUUUACUUCUCAGUGACCUGAGAGGAGCACAAAGCACCACACUUGUAGAACUGACACAGAAACUACUCAUAAAACAGCUGUGUGUUUUUGGUGAGAAUGCUGUGCUUGAUCGUGGAAAAAUUUGUUUUCCCUUUUCUGGACCCAACAACAUUUACCUCCCUUAUCUCAGCCUACUGGAUGAGGCCACUUUACAAAUUGGCAAUAUCUGUUCUCUUGACACACUGGAGAUGCCACUCUCAUCUCAGUCCUCGCAAUCAGACUCCCAGAGGCAUUCACAUUUGUCCAGCAAAGAGGAAAAAGACCCUCAAGACCCCAUUCUUUCUCUAAAAAUCUCACACACCUACAGUCAUUCAAGCCCUCCGUGCUCAGACAGAUAGUCACAAUACAAUUUCACCAAAUAUGCAUUGGUCAUUUAUGUUCUUUCCUAUUACUGUUGAUACAGAUGUAGACUGAUGGAUGCUUAC